GUGCGCAUCUCCGUAGGCGGGCGCAGGGCGUAGGGGCUGCUGGGAAGAUGGCGGGGGUGGGCCUGGCGGCCAUGGCCGCUUGGGUACCUUGUCGCAGGUCGGGCUGGGCGGCAGUCACUUUCGGCUUCCACCAUGGUCUCAGCACGUUACUUGCACGGAACACCGAGCGGGCGCCACAGUGGCUCCGAGGUCAGUGCCCGAAAGACUGGAGUAAGACGCGUUCUUUCGAACAUAUCGGAUUUCGGCGGUUCCUGUCCCGUGCGUUUUUGGCGCUCCGUUCAGAAAUCCUCUUUCCAGCUUGCAGACACAAGACAUCAAUCUCUUUCCUUAGUCGACCAGACCUCCCAAACCUGGCUUAUAAAAGGCUAAAAGGCAAAAGUCCAGGAAUUAUCUUCAUCCCUGGCUAUAUUUCUAAUAUGAAUGGUACAAAAGCAUUGGCGAUUGAGGAGUUUUGCAAAUCUCUAGGUCACGCCUAUAUAAGGUUUGAUUACUCAGGAGUUGGAAACUCAGAUGGUAACUUAGAAGAAUGCACGGUGGGAAAGUGGAGAAAAGAUGUUCUUUCUAUAAUUGAUGACUUGGCUGAAGGACCACAGAUACUGGUUGGAUCCAGCCUCGGUGGGUGGCUUAUGUUUCAUGCUGCAAUCGCACGGCCACAAAAGGUUGUUGCUCUCGUUGGCGUAGCGACAGCUGUAGAUGGCCUGGUGACACAAUUUAAUCAGCUUCCUAUUGAGACAAAAAAGGAAAUAGAGAUGAAAGGUGUGUGGCCCAUGCCAUCAAAAUACAGUGAAGAAGGAGUUUAUCGCAUUCAGUACAGUGUCAUUAAAGAAGCCGAGCACCACUGCUUGUUACAUAGUCCUAUUCCUGUGAAGUGUCCCAUAAGAUUGCUCCACGGCAUGAAGGAUGAUAUUGUACCGUGGCAUACAUCUGUGCAGGUCGCUGACCGAGUAGUUAGCACAGAUGUAGAUGUCAUCCUCCGAAAGAAUAGUGAUCACCGAAUGAAGGAAAAAGCAGACAUUCAACUUCUGGUUUACACUAUUGAUGACUUGAUUGAUAAGCUUUCAACCAUAGUUCACUAGAAUCACAACUUUAGUUAGUGUGCAAAGGAAUGGAUCCAGAAGAUGGAAGAGAGUAACAGAUGAAAGACCUUGAUACUUAGAAGGCUUUUCCUCUUCUCUGUACUUUGUAAAUAUCAUGUGAGUAUUUAUCUAAUGAUGGAUUUUCACAAGUGAUACAAAUUGUGAAGAAAGUGCCAGCUGCUGUUUGAAAAAUGUUCUCCCUCCUCAAUCCCUGAUUUUUUUUCAUUAAAAUAUUUCCUAUUUUUUUAUUCAAGAAAUGUUUACCUUCUGAAUGCUUAUGUUAACUAUGCCAGCUCUUACUUAGAUUUGCUAAUAAAGCUUAAUUUGUUUUUUA